AUGAAGUUCACUCCUGGAGCAGUGAUAGAGGCCCCAAAGUACUAUCAUAAUUAUUUCGAUGGCGUGCACGAUACAGACUUGUGCGUUAUAAUGCGAGACUUGCAGUUGGAAAACGAUGCAGAUGCGAUGCCAGCUGUUCUCGCCACACUUCCAGACGCUACACACACAUUAGACUUGACCAAUAACGAGCUUAGCGCUAUACCUGACUUACGCAAUCAAGCAAAUAUUGAGACACUGUUGCUGUCAAGAAAUCGAAUAUUCCAAAUCGAUGGUAGGUUUUUGCCUUAUAAAAUACGCCGACUUACGCUGGCAAGUAACGGAAUUUCAAACUUGGCAGAUCUAGACGGGCUGCGCAGCAGCCCGUCUUAUUUACAAAAUUUGAACCUCCGUGGGAAUAGCGUGUGCUACUUGGAGAACUACAGACUAUAUGUGAUUUCGCUGGCUCCUCAGUUAAAAGUUCUUGACUUCACCAAAAUUAGCGAGGAAGAGCACCGAGAAGCGCAUAGUUUCAAGUUGAGAAAUGCUCAUCAGGCUCACCACGAGGCCUCUAAUAACGGGCACCCACAACAAAGUAGAGCUAAAGACAAAGAAGCUGAGGUGAUGAGUAUUGUUGUAAAUAAAAUGGAUUCAGGCGUGAGAGAAAAUUUAAAGAAGCAAUUAGCCAGCGCCACUACGCUGGAAGAGAUGGAACGCAUUGAAAAGCUUCUUUCAGGAGGUGUAUAG